AAUCGGAGUGUUCUGGCGAAGCUUCCUACAGUCCACUAUUCUUCCAUCCUUCCAUCAAAGGAUCCCAGGUUUUCAUGGAUGAAUCUUGCUGCAGAGUAAGUAGAAGAGACACGUUCCAUGAUGGUAUCGUCUUCUCCAACCGUCCCGUCAAACUUUAUGAGAAAGUGACGCUGAAAAUCCUACAAGAUGACCAGAAGUGGCAGGGUGGUCUACGGGUGGGCUUCACCUGGAAAGACCCCUGCCUCCGGACUGGCAACCUGCCUCCGUUUGUGUGCCCAAACCUGGUCACCCAAGGGAAGACUUGUGCCUGUGUUUUACCAGAUGAAUAUAUUGAAGAAGAUACCAUUAUCAGCUUCUGGGUGGACAGCUGGGGAUGCGUCUUUUGCAGCACCAACCUUGAGGCCGAAGGGUCCUUCCUCUUCAGCGGCGUUUCGGUUGAAUCCCCUCUUUGGGCAGUUGUGGACGUCUAUGGAAGAACCAAAGAGGUCGAACUUCUUGAUCCCACUUGUUUGGAGUUCCAGGAAAAAGCUGAAGAAAACACUACAGAAGAUUGCAUGGUCUGUUUUGCGUCCCCAGCCAGUACCAUGAUGUUCCCUUGCUAUCACUCUGGCUUCUGCUCCAGAUGCUCCUUGAAGAUUUUCAGAACCAGCGCCCGCUGCCCUCUCUGUCGGGAGAAGGUGAAAAAAAUCCUCUGGAUCUCUCUUUUGGCGGAGAACAAGGGACUGCACAGCUGGUUGGGAAAAUCAGAGUGUGUCCCUUCCCUGAGGUGACAAAACAUGCACGGUUGCAGAGCUCCUGAAAUACGUCCAUCCCAGUAGGAAAAGGGCAGGGAUUGGAAAGGCGAAGAAAGCAAUCGGAAAAAGCCAAAAUAAUAAUAAAAAUAAAAAAGCAGUGUUUGCUUAGAAAGGACAAAGGCGACGCAUGAGGUUGCUAGUUGGAGGAGCUGAAUUGCUGGAACCGCUGGAGAUGCACAAAAGCUACAGGUUAGGAUAAGGUCAGACCUGUGUGUGUAUGUGUGUGUGUGUAUGUACAUGAAUAUGUAUAUGUACACACACACACACACACACACACACACACACACGUUGUUUGCCAAUAAAUGAAGGGAAGCAGUAUGCUCCCUCCCUUAUUUGGGCAUACCAAGUGAUUUGACAAUUAACAAUUAAAUGAUUUGACAAUCACUUAAUCAUUCCCCUGACUAAGCUGAUAAGGGAGGAGAGCUUGUGGCUUAGAGGUUAAUAUAAAACUGCCUAACAUAUAAAAAUAUCCCCCCUUUGUAUCCCAGUAAGGGUAUGGCUAGCUGAUGAGAGGUAAAUAGCUUGAAAUAGAUCUAUACUUGUCUCCCUUCAUU